AUGAAACGGAGAAUUACCUUGGUAACUGUGUGCUUAAAAUGCAUUUUAGUAGUGGCAGCCAUUCGGCCUAUACCGAAUCGGCCACUGAGAUCUUAUGUCAGACUAGGGGAUAUCAAUAUUGGUGCUUUUAUGGCUAUCACUGAAUAUGCUCAGCAUGAGUUAUGUGGUCAAAGAAUUCGCUUUCCUCUUCUACAGCAGUAUGUCGAGGCAAUCGUUUACACUAUAGAUGAGAUCAACAGAAAUAGAACGUUACUUCCUAACAUUACUCUUGGUUACGUUAUUUUAGACGAUUGUGUAAAAGAAUCCACUGCAGUGGCACAAGCCUUGAGAUUCUUGCCACGAAACGAUAACAAACAUUGUCUAAGUAAGCAUUUAGAAAACUCUUUUCUUCAAGAUGAUCAUUAUGACGUCGUAGGAGUCAUAGGGCCACAACGAAGUGAAAACAGCAUUGCCGUGUCUUAUGUUUUAGGUCCGGCAAAAAUUCCACAAAUAAGCUUUUUUUCAACUAGUGAUGAAUUAUCUAACAAAGAACUACAUUCCAAUUUUUUAAGAGUCAUUCCUCCAGAUAAAUACCAAGUUGAAGCUAUCUUCAAAUUUAUCAUUUCCCAAGGUUGGACAUACAUAAGCGCCGUGUACUCGGCAGGUAGCUACGGCGAGUUUGCUUAUAACAAUGUGAAACGCUUAGCUGCUAAGUUUGAUAUUUGUAUUGCUACACAACGUAAAACAACUCUAGCUAUGGCGAUCGAAGAUUACAUGGAUAUUUUAGGAGAACUAAUGAAAUAUCCGAGAGCAAGAGUUGUCAUUGCAUUUCUUGGGGGUGAUGAAAUGGUAGGGCUCUUUGAAGCUAUAUACAAAUUAAAUAUGACUAGCAUGUUUAUAUGGGUAGGAAGUGAUGGCUGGGCUGAAAGAUUAACCAUGCUUCCUUCAAAAUACAAAUCAGUACUCUACGGCUCGUUUACUUCGUUGAUUGAUGCUCCACAAGUUCCACAUUUUAAUGAAUAUUUCCAGAAUUUAAAUCCAUCAACUACAAAUAAUCCAUGGUUUCGAGACUUCUGGGAAUGGUCCAAUGAUUGUUCUUUUGCUGAAGAUACAUGUAAACAUAUUAAAAAUUUAAAAAACAGUGUUCGAUUUCAUCCUUUAGCACUUGUAAGUAAAGUCAUGGAUUCAGUUUAUACAUACGCUAACGCUAUUCAACAACUGUUGAUGAACGAGUGUCCUUCCACAAGUGGCAAAGAAGCGCGUGAUUGUAUUAGAGGAGAAAUUCUAUUUGAGUUCUUAAAAAAUGUAUCUUUUCAAGGAUACUCGGGAGAAGUUAGAUUUGAUGAUUCUGGCAAUAUGGUGGGAAAUUAUGUAAUAAGCCAAAUUUUGCCGGCAACAAAUGAUGGCACGUUCCAGAGACUACCGGUGAUGUUUAUUAAUGCUGAAAAUCUAACAACUACACAGCUGGGAAAUAUUACAUGGAGAUAUUUGAAAAAGACAAAUGUUGAAGAAUAUCCUUCUGGUUCUAAAAUACCUAUACAUCCUCUAGCAAAAUAUGACGCCACUACACCCGUAUCAGUUUGUAGUAGACUGUGUAAUGUUGGAGAGUAUAUAAUUUAUAAUUCUAUACACCAAAAGUGCUGCUGGGAGUGCAAGUCUUGCAGAGCAAGUGAGAUUGUUAUUCAAAAUAGAACCAACUGUCAUGAGUGUGAUAUGUUUUUCUGGCCAAACAUACUCACAAAUUUAACAACGUGUGAAUCAAUCACUCCAAGUUUUCCUGCCUAUAAAGAUGGAAUAGCUAUUUUUGAAAUUACUUCAAGCCUUUUAGGAAUUAUAACAUCAGUCGUUGUACUUUUUGCUUAUUACUACUUUAAGGAGGCCAGUGUAAUUAAGGCUGCAAGUUUGGAACUUAGCUUUCUUCAGUUAUUAGCAAUUCUGUUGGGAUUUGUUACCAUGCUUCUCUAUGUGACACCACCCACUCAUGUAUCGUGUGCGUUAGCCUACUGGAUGUUUUGCUUUUCGCUAAAUCUUUUAUAUGCUCCACUGCUAGUCAAAGCAAUAAGAAUCUACAGAAUAUUUCACGCUGCAGCUCAAGGAACAAGAGGAUUAAAACUAAUUAGUCCUUUUUCUCAAGUGUUGAUUUCAUGCUUUAUUGUAAUGGGUCAGGUAGGUUUUAGAAAAAAGUUGUAA